UCGGCCCCGGGCUCCGAAGCGGCUCGGGGGCGCCCUUUCCGUCGCGUCGUAGUCUAUCCCCUCCCCAGCCCCAGCCCCUGGGGACCCAGGUUCGCCAGCGCCCAGCAAGGGAGCCGGCCGGGAAGCGCGAUGGGGGCCCCUUCCGCCCUGCCCCUGCUCCUGCUUUUCGCCUGCUGCUGGGCGCCCGGCGCGGCCAACCUCUCCCAGGACGGCUACUGGCAGGAGCAGGAUUUGGAGCUGGGAACUCUGGCUUCACUCGACGAGGCCAUCAGCUCCACAGUCUGGAGCAGCCCUGACAUGCUGGCCAGUCAAGACAGUCAGCCCUGGACAUCGGACGAGACAGUGGUGGCUGGUGGCACCGUGGUGCUCAAGUGCCAAGUGAAAGACCAUGAGGACUCAUCCCUGCAGUGGUCCAACCCUGCCCAGCAGACUCUCUACUUUGGGGAGAAGAGAGCCCUUCGAGAUAAUCGAAUUCAGCUGGUUAAAUCUACUCCCCAUGAGCUCAGCAUCAGCAUCAGCAACGUGGCCCUGGCGGACGAGGGCGAGUACACCUGCUCCAUCUUCACUAUGCCCGUGAGAACAGCCAAGUCCCUCGUCACUGUACUUGGAAUCCCACAGAAACCCGUAAUCAGUGGCUACAAGUCAUCAUUACGGGAAAAGGAGACAACCACCCUGAGCUGUCAGUCUUCUGGGAGCAAACCUGCAGCUCAGCUCACCUGGAGGAAGGGUGACCAAGACCUCCAUGGGGAACCAACCCGAAUACAGGAAGAUCCCAAUGGUAAAACUUUCACCGUGAGCAGCUCAGUGACAUUCCAGGUUACCCGGGAGGAUGACGGAGCAGACAUCAUAUGCUCUGUGAACCAUGAAUCUCUAAAGGGAGCUGACAGAUCCACCUCUCAACGCAUCGAAGUAUUAUACACACCGACAGCGGAGAUUAGGCCAGACCCUCCGAAACCCCGCGAGGGCCAGAAGCUGUUGCUACACUGUGAGGGUCGUGGCAAUCCCGUCCCCCAGCAGUACCUAUGGGAGAAGGAGGGCAGUGUGCCACCCCUAAAGAUGACCCAGGAGAGUGCCCUGAUCUUUCCCUUCCUCAACAAGAGUGACAGCGGCACCUAUGGCUGCACAGCCACCAGCAACAUGGGCAGCUACAAGGCCUACUACAUUCUCAAUGUGCAUGACCCCAGUCCGGUACCCUCAUCCUCCAGCACCUACCACGCCAUCAUUGGCGGGAUCGUGGCUUUCAUCGUCUUCCUGCUGCUCAUCCUACUCAUCUUCCUCGGCCACUACUUGAUCCGGCACAAAGGAACCUACCUGACGCACGAGGCGAAAGGCUCUGAUGACGCCCCAGACGCAGACACGGCCAUCAUCAAUGCAGAAGGCGGGCAGUCGGGUGGGGACGACAAGAAGGAAUAUUUCAUCUAGGGGUGCCCACUCACCUCCUGCGCCCCCCAAGGGCCCCAUGGGGACUGCUGGGGCCAUCACCAACCCGGACUUGUACAGAGCGACCCCAGGGCCGCCCCUCCUGCUUGCUCCCCAGCCCCCCCACCCCCUGUACAGAAUGUCUGCUUUGGGUGCGGUUUUGUACUCGGUUUGGAAU